AUUGUCCAAAAGCAUAUAUUUACGAAUUUAGCAAGACUCUACAAGAUCUGAGGCAGAAUGUUAGGUGGGCAUCCGGACCCGUAAAAACAAAUAGGAGUCAACUGGGCAUCAUCCUCAUUCACAGAAUCACAGUCAAUCAACUACACUCUGUCUGUAAACUAAAAAUAGCCAAAAAUGCUGUCAACUUCCAUUUUCAUCUCUCUUCGACAAUGUCCAACUCCAUUCCCAUCUUCUUCUCCUUCAUUUCUUCGCUUCCAUUUAUCUCUUCCUUCAAAAUUUACCAGGAUUAUGAUGUCUGCUCAUUCUUCAAAUUCUCCGCUUCCUGAUGAUCGCAUCGUAGUGGGUUGUGGGGGUGCAACAAUGGAUUAUCUGUUAAUGGUGGAUGGCUUCCCUAAGCCUGAUGAAAAGAUCAGAGGCACUUCCUCCAAGGUUCAAGGGGGCGGCAAUGUUGGCAAUGCUUUGACUUGUGCUGCUCGUUUGGGGCUACGACCUAGAAUAAUUGCCAAGGUUGCUGAAGAUGUUGAGGGAAGAGGCAUACUAGAAGAGCUUGAAGCUGAUGGUGUGGAUACUUCUUUUAUUGUGGUUUCCGAGGAAGGUCGUUCAAUGUACAGCUAUGUGAUUGUUGACAGUAAGAUGAAAACCCGGACUGCUAUAUACUAUCCAGGAUAUCCUCCCAUGACACCUACUGACUUUUCCGGCUCUAGUUUAUCUUCUGCUUUAGAUGGUGCCAACCUUGUUUAUUUUGAUGGACUCUCAUUAAAAACGGCUUUAGCUGUUGCAAGAGAGGCACGUCGUAGAGGUAUUCCAAUUCUGGUUGAUGCAGAAAUGGGAGAAGAAGGGUUUGAUAAUCUUUUAAAUAUGUCAGACUAUGCUGUUUGCUCAGCAAAAUAUCCUCAGGCAUGGACAAAUGCACCAUCUAUGGCAACUGCACUUGUUGCUAUGCUAAUAAGAUUGCCAUCAUUGAAAUAUGUGAUUGUUACCCUUGGUGAAGAGGGGUGCAUAAUGCUACAGAGAAGUCAUAAAGCAGAUGAUGCUCAGUUAGAAGAAAUGAAUGCGGACCAAUGUUUAGCAUCACUAUACAAGAAAAAAGAUAGCCAUAAAACUUAUCCAACAUGUAUUUCAUCGCCGGUUUUAAAGCUGGAAGCACCUGGACUUGGAACACUGAGUGGAAGGUUGCUAGUGGGAACAGCUGAGAGAAUACCACACUUGGAGCUAGUUGAUACAACGGGAGCUGGUGACGCUUUCAUUGGAGCAGUUCUUUAUGCUCUGUGUACAGAUAUGCUUCCCGAGAAAAUGCUGCCAUUUGCUGCUCAAGUGGCAGCUGGUUGUUGCCGAGCAUUUGGAGCUCGGACAGGUCUUCCACAUAUUACAGAGCCACGCUUGCAACCCUUCCUAGAUCAAAAUCCAAGUACAUCAUCAGCACAAUGAAGUAUAACUUCAGGCCUUCAGCCAAUUCCCUAAAUGGUUUGUAUAUUUUGCUUGCUAAAGCUAAGCACGGUUAGUAUGUAUGUAUGUACAUUCCUCCCAAAUCAUCCUGGCUAGGUUGUAAAUUGUUCAAGACUAUGUAUUUGAUACGUUGUAAUGUUGUAUAUUAAUAUGAUCAAUAGGGUCAUGUUCAUUUUAAAGGAAAAUACAUCAGGGUUUGUUGUUUUUAUGCUCCGGCGAAUUCAUAAGAAGUCACUUUGUACUGUUUUUCUUGUAUGUUUGUAGACAUUAUACUAGUGAUUUUUUUGGUUCCAUUGAAGCCUUUCC